AAAUUAGAUCGGAGGUAGCCAUUCCGCCCUCGGCUCUCUUUUUCCCUCUCCACCAAUAAUCCCCACGGUUUUGUAUCCCAAACCCUAGAAUCCCCCAAAUUCAAAAUCCUCCAAAAUCUCUCGUAUUCUCGGUUACUAGUUUCCUGAUGGUUUGAAACUCGAGGUGAAAUGGCGAGCGACUUUCCGAUGAGCGCUGAACUGGAACAGAUCGCCGGCGAGAUCGCCGACAUAUUCCGAGCGCUUUCAAAUGGAUUUCAGAAAUUGGAUAAGAUCAAAGAUCCUAAUAGACAGACUAAGCAGCUCGAGGAACUCACUGGCAAAAUGAGGGAGUGUAAGAGGUUGAUCAAAGAGUUUGAUCGGCAAGUUAAAGACGAGGAGAGUCGAAAUCCUCAAGAGAUCAAUAAGCAGCUCAAUGAGAAGAAGCAGUCAAUGAUCAAAGAGCUGAACUCAUAUGUAGCCUUGAGGAAAACCUAUACCAGCAGUCUUGGUAAUAAAAGAGUAGAGCUCUUCGAUAUGGGUGUUGGAAGUAGUGACCCUGCACCAGAGGACAAUGUACAAAUGGCGUCAGCAAUGUCUAAUCAAGAACUUGUAAAUGCUGGAAUGAAGACAAUGGAUGAGACUGACCAAGCUAUCGCGCGUUCAAAAAUGGUCGUUGAGCAAACUGUUGAAGUAGGAACUCAAACUACUGCAACACUGAAGGGCCAAACUGACCAAAUGGGCCGCAUUGUUAAUGAUCUGGAUACAGUUCAUUUUUCUAUCAAAAAGGCCACCCAGCUUGUAAGGGAGAUAGGAAGGCAGGUGGCAUGUGAUAAAUUCAUCAUGUUCUUCUUGUUCAUAAUAGUUUGUGGUGUUAUUGCAAUCAUUGUCGUGAAGAUUGUACACCCAAAUAACAAGAACAUUAGAGAUAUACCCGGGUUGGCACCCCCAGCCCCAACAUCAAGAAGGUUGCUGAUUGCAGACGUGCCGAGAAGUUUCCAGUAGCAUGUUCUCAUCUGCGAAGAUGUUGUAUGUAUCGUCC